GGGUUGUGUGCCACAAUUGGUACGGUACAAGUAAUACACAUUAAUGACAGGAUUUGGUUCUCAGGACCUUCGUUAUUGCAUGGAAAGAAGCACGGGAACUAUUUUGACUGCCAGCUAUUUUCAUGAAGCUCUCGUGAACAGCGCCACCAAGCAUUUGGAUGCUCAUUUAACGGUUCCUGUUGACGUUAGCUCUUCUGUCUUGUCCUCAGCACCAGCAAACAUACACAAGAGUGUCCCGGCUGUAGACGACAUUGUUUCCAACUGUUACAAUUUUCCCACUGUAAACCUUGCUGCCGUAAACCCUGCAGCGGAAUCCUCAAUCCGGGGAGUGAACUGUACAGUGUCUUCUUUCCCACAACGACUUUGUUUACCUGACAGUCCCCCUGACUCUGGUUCAGAACCUUCCUUUUCUCCCCCUCAUGAAGAAUCCAAAGUGAACCAAAGCAACAGAAACCCACAAAUUGUAACAAUGCAGUCAGGAGCAGAGAGCUUGAAGCAUUUUAUUGGUUACAACAGUACCCAGCCUCUUAAACAUCUUCCUAUUGAAACCAGCCUGACGGUUACACCACCCCUUCAGCAAUCGCCUCAACAACCAGGACAAAUAUCUAUGCCUACCCACACGGGGAAUCGAGUACCUCACCUUCCCAUCCAAGUUACCGCAUCAAGCGGUCACAUGACAUCGGAGUUGCCGCCAACAAUCACCAACGCUCUGGUAGCAAGUCUUGGUAUUUCACCUCAUCAGUCAUUGUCGGUGGUGCCACCUAGUAAUCAGAUACCAAACUUAUACAACAGUGACGAAAUAUUGUGUGAAAAUAUAAGUGGGUCUGAUGACAGUAACCCAAGAAAGAAGCGGAAGUUCUCUGACUCAGCUAAAACUUCACUCAGCACAAGUUUACUUAAGGGCAUGGUUUCCAUAAAGCAGGAACCUAAUGGCGUGUCUCCUGGCCCUGCAACACUUAAUGCCCUUCCUCAGCCCGAGGAUGAAUAUUCCAUUGACUUCAGUAAUUCCGAUACAGGAGGAAUGUUAAUAGAUACAGCCUACCAGUGUAUAAGAUUUCAACCCUUUCAACAAAAUACGUGGCACGUGCUUUGUGAUGCUUCCCUUAAAGAACUGCCACCCUUCAACUAUAGGGUUGAUGCAGAUAAAGGGUUCAAUUUCAGUUAUACGGACGACUCGUUUGUUUGUCAGAAGAAAAACCAUUUCCAGGUAACUGUUCACGUGCAGUCCGUUGGAGAUCCACAGUUUAUUAAAACCCCCGAUGGUCUCAGGAAGAUAGAAAAUUUUUAUCUGCAUUUUUAUGGAGUAAAGAUGGAAUCACAGAAUCAGACAAUCAAAGUAGAACAGUCUCAGUCUGACCGGAGCAAGCAGCCUUUUCAUCCAGUUCAACUCGAGAUUAUACCCGACCAAGUUACCAAAACGACUAUUGGAAGACUUCAUUUCAGUGAGACCACAUCCAACAACAUGCGUAAAAAGGGCAAACCCAACCCUGAUCAACGCUAUUUUUACCUUGUUGUGAGUAUUUGUGCUCACGUUGGAGAUCAGGCCUUCCCUGUUGUGUGCUACUCAUCUGAGAAAAUUAUUGUGAGGGCAUCUAAUCCGGGUCAGUUUGAAAAUGACGUAGAACUAUCAUGGCAGAAAGGACAAACACCGGAUUCUAUAUUUCAUGCUGGGCGGGUAGGUAUAAACACUGACAGGCCAGAUGAACCUUUAGUUGUCCAUGGAAAUAUGAAGAUCACUGGACACAUUAUGCAACCUUCUGAUGCCAGAGUCAAAACUAAUACUACAGAGUUGGAUUCACGUGAACAGUUAAAGAAUGUGUCAAACAUGAGAGUUAUCAGAUUUCGCUACAGACCAGAAUUUGCUCAGCAGGCUGGUUUGUCUGAUGAUGCUGUAUCAGAUACAGGAGUUAUUGCUCAAGAGAUAAGUUCCAUUCUACCAGAUGCUGUUAAGGAAGCAGGUGACAUCAGUUUGCCAAAUGGACAAACAAUAGAAAAUUUUCUUGUUGUAAACAAGGAAAGAAUUUUUAUGGAAAAUGUUGGUGCAGUGAAAGAACUUUGUAAGGUAACAGACAACUUGGAAACGAGAAUUGAUGAGCUAGAACGAAUCAAUCGCAAACUAAAAAAUAUUAAAAGAUUUGACAGUUUAAAGUCUACAUCUAGUGGAAGUACAGUGACCAGUCGAGCAAGCAGUGUCACAGCAUCACAGAAAUCUCACCGGCAUCACAAUCACGGGAAACAAAAACGUCAGAAUAUUUGUUCUAAUCGUUUUGUUCAAGGAACUAUUAUUGCUUUGGUCCUAAUUAUGGCUUUCUGUCUUGUAGCAAUGGCAACCCUGUAUAUUCUUGAAUGGCAGAAAAGACAUAGUUCCGAAGAGAAAGCUAGAGUGGAUAUUUCAAAGUAUACUCACGGCGCUCCACUGUUCAACCAUUCUAUGGCCCCACAGGAAUUAUCCUUUUCCAUUCAGCCUCCAUCAUCACAAAAUCCCUUCCCAUCUCAUGGUAUAGAUUUAUCUAGUACACUUCAACAAAAUGUCACCUCUGUACCCACUUCGUACCCUUUGACACCAAAUGACAGAAUGAACCGAAAACCUAUAGGUCUUCCAACAGUUUGCUCUAAGGCAAGCUUUUCCCCAGAUAAUUGUCCACAGAUAUGUUGUGAUGUUGAACCUGAAAUUAAAUCAGACAAUGCAGAAAUGACCUUUCCAACAGCAAACAAAUCAACAGAUUCUGUUUAUGGAAGACAAGUUCAUGAAGAACGUUCUUUGAAUUUUAAUAACACUGCUGUGGCAACCAGUAGGAGUGACCACGUGACCCCCUCUAGUGGUAUCACCUUCUCACAAACCAGGAAGAAUGUUGAAAAAUCCUCAUCUAUGUAUACAAAUAGGUUUGCCAGCCUUUCACCCAGCAACGAAGUGAAUAAUGAGUUGAACCAAAAUCCUUUCAGUGCUAAUAGAAAUGGUAGUACUCAGUCAAAUGUUAGGUCUCAACAAAGUACAGAUCAUAAUUCUAACAUUGGGGAAAUAUCAGUAAGACAUAAAAUCAAUCCCAAAACAAUACUGAUAGAAAAAAGGAACUCAAAAGUUCAUCCUGUUUCCUCUGGUAAUCCACACAAGCGUUCAAAAAGAGAGAGAACCAGUGAUGUUGUGAGGUUUACCUCUAAACCACAUGGCCGUAAAAGUCAGCUUUCUGAACUGGUAAACACUGUGGGUUUUAUCAGGCUUCCAGAGUUGAAUACUACACUUGGACUUGAAUAUUGUGUGGAUCAAUGUACUAAUGGCCCUUGGUUCAUCUAUGAUGUUCCAGUUUCUCGUUACAUGACCUUGGAUUAUGUGACCCUGCAGUUUAAUUUGUCACAGAGCAUUCUCAUGGAACUAUGUACAUUUGAAGAACCAAAAAGCUGUAUAAAUGUGAAACCUAGCUCUUCGUCUCGGCAGGAAGGAACUGGCCACUCUUUCAUGGAGGGAAACCCAUCCUGGACCCUUCCAAUUGGCCUGUAUUUCAGAAGCACCUAUAGAUUUCGUAUUCUUACCAAAAGAGUGAAUACAAGGCCAUGCCUUCUUCAGAGCAGUGAUGCUGGUCAGCUGUUUGUGGAGUACAAAUUUAUCUUUCACAGAGAUUGUGGAAUAUGAUGUGCUUUUCAUUAAAAUAGGAAGUUAUUAUCCCUAGGUACUUCAUAUCAUCAGUGAUAAACAUAAUAUUUAAGAAAGUGAUAAUCAGUUAACCAUCUAUGGUGCCAGUGUUUCUGAGCUGAGGAGGGAAUUACAUUUGCAAAAGAAUAUGAUAAAUUUCUUUUUCGAUGGAAAUUACUGUAGAACUCCAGCUUAGGAGAUUUAUUUUCAAUUCAAACUGGUAUGUUUUUAUGAUACAUUCCUAGUGGAACAAGGUCUUGCUACCGAAAAUGUUUUGACAUCCAAAGAUUGAAAUUUUGUGCCUUGACAUAUGCAGUACGUAAGCAAAAUAUAUGUAAGAUGUUUUAGUGAAAGUCGAAUAUAGGAUUCUAGGACUACUUUAUCACUGUUCAUGUAUUUCUUCAAGAUGAAUCUUUUACUGCAAAAAAAAAGUGUAGAAGUUUCCAUGUAUUGUGAAGCUCAACCAUGACACAUGUUAAAUCUUUAUAGCAGUUCAAAACUGCCUAUUGUGCUUUAGUAUAAUAGUACCAAAAAGGAAAUUUUUUACAAUUUUUUUUUUCCAAACGGAUUGUCAUUGCAAUUCGUCAGACCAAAUUAUAAUUGUUGGAAUUAUUUUUAAAGAAAUUUUUUAUCUUGUUAUGUGUAACUGAAAAGUUUAUGUAUUGCAUUAAAUAUCCAUUGCAAUUUAGAUAUAUUUAAUUGGAGAUCGUGUAGCUUAAAUUCUAUAUGAUCCAUGCUCUACUUGUUGGCAUGUUUAGCUCUACAAAAAUAGAAUAGUUCUAUAAGUGUGAUAAAGAAUAUGUUUUUAGAAAACUUACUGGUAGUAGAAUAUCAGUUUUCAAUUCUGUGGUUCUCACUUCAUAGUACGUCUCAGUUAUAGUGGGAAAUGGUAGCUUGUUAUAUUUUUACGACACACACGAAGGGAAUGUCACAGUUGUAUAAUUUAGGUUUACAGAAAAGUGUUCACGUGUUUUGUUUUUCUGCUUUAUUUAAUAUUAUCCAUGAAAAAGAAUUUCUCUAAAAAAAUUUUAUUUUAUCCAAGCUGAUUUUUGCACUUGUUUAAGCAUUAUGCAGAAGUUCAGUUAUCUUGUCACAACAUUUUCACAGAUUCUGUGUCUUUGAAGAAGUUAUUUUUUAUAAUUACUUUGAAGCCUAACAGAAGGGUCAACAAUGUAAGCAACGUGAAAAGAACAUAUUUCAUUCUUACAUAUUUCUAAGCACCAAAAUUAGUUUCCCCAUUUUUGAAUAAAUAUGUUCGCAUUUUCAUUUGAAGGAGAAAUAAUCAAUUCAUGAUAAUUCCUAAUGUUUCAUGUUUUCAUGUAUAUUUAACACAAAGGAAUCCUGACUAAAUUCUGGUCGUACUUUAUACAUUGUGUUAAAAAAAGGCCGGGUAUAAUAGAUUUUAUUACUAUUAAAUAGAAUGUGCAUAAAGUAAGUUAUAUGGAGUUUUGAAACUAGGUAAUUAAUAUAACGUAUACACUUUAAUUGUCUUAACUCAGUUUGUGUCUUUCUUUCUUUUUUCAAAACCUUGCGCAAUCUUCUGUUAUUAUUUUUCUUAUGUAUUUACAUCUACUUGUUACACAGCUCGCAUAUACUAAUCUAAUGUGGUUUUCAGUCGUAAUGAUAUCAAUAUUGUGUACAAAUAUUGUUAGAAAGAACAGGUAAUAAUAGCUGUGACUCACAAAUCUCCAACAUAACCUUGUACAAUUUGAGAGAUUAGUAAUAAGGUAUUACGAGGAGAUGUUUCUCAUACACAUUAUCAGAUUUUCUAUCCUUGAGAAAGAGAAACUAUUUUCUUAUAUUCUACGAUCUCGGUUCGUGUCAUACUGAUUACUAGCAUCCUUUAUAUAGCUCAACAUUCUAAUCCUCUGUAGGGAUACGUUCAUCAUUGAUUUUGUAAAAGGCUAAAAUGUUUAGAGGAUUCUUAGUAACCAGAUCCUUAUCCCCAUCCAUUAAUCAACAUUAGAUAUUUUUCGGGUCGUAAUCACGUUUGUACAUUCUGUCCUUGCCAGCUGGCACUGGACUUUUAUACAUUCUUGUAAGCCACAGAAAUACGUAAAGUUGAUUGUCUUCAUACACACUCUCCUGAUCUCACAUCAGUGUAUUGAUACUAACGCUCAAUACAACUGAGGUACCUGAACUCUAGGCCUAAGCAGACAACAUUCAAACCAUUGUGUAGUAAUAUUAAUGUACCUAGUUCAUCACUGAAAGAAUGGUACAACUUAAUAUCUCAAAAUCAUAUAGUCUAUUUCAAAUAUAAACUAUUCUUAGAAAUAUUUAUAACUUAAAAUUCAAGACUAUUUUUGUUAAAUUUUUUCAAGUCUAUUUUAAAUUUCACUGU